AUGAAAUUUUUAAACUAUACAAUUACUAUUCUUUUAUCACUUAUAACACUAAUAAAUGCACAAUGGAAUAACCAAGGAAAUGUAAUUCCUAUUGGCAAUCCACAACAAUCACAAUCUAAUAUAUAUAAUCCACAAUCAAGUAAUGUUUUUACUAAUAAUGCUUUUACACAUCAACCACAAAAUCUACAUGAUGGUUUAUGGUUUAAUAAUGUUCAACCACAAAAUAUGCUUUGGCCUGUUGUAGAUAGUUCUUCAGUACAAGGAAAUAAUAUGCAAGAAGGUAUUCCAGGAAAAAGAAAUGCUAAUCAAAAAUUAAGAGCAUGUUGUAAUAAACUUCCUAAAGCUGAUGCUAUGUGUAAACGUCGUUUUUGUGACUUUAAUGCACUUAGUUCAAGUACUGUAUUAACCUACUUAACAACAUGCCAAUCAAAAGGUCCAACUGUAGGACAAAUGUGGGAUUGCGCUUCAUCACGAGCUGAUCAUACAAGAUGUUGUCAAGCUUCUGGAGUACCACCUGCUUGUAUGGCUUAUUGUGAAACAACAAAUGGUGUACCAACCGACUAUUUAAAAUAUCUCGUUUGUUUAGGGCAAUUUGAUAGAAUAAGAACAUGUUUUAAAUCAUAUUUAGAAGUAAAUCCAAAUAUUAAAGGAGAUUUUUAA